GCGUAUCUAUCGCAUAGCGGGACUUAAUAACAAAAGUAACAAGCUCGAAAUAGGACGUCUCAUUAAGUUUUCAAAACGGUAUAACUCGUACAGACCCUCGUUUUCCACGGAAUCGUUUAAUUAUUCAAGUAUUCAGUUAUUUCUAUACAUCGUGCCAGUAAAGAAACGUAAACCUUCCCGUUUAAAGUCUCUACCUUACACACGUAUGUCAGGUAAUGUACAAAUUUUACUUACCAAAAGUUAACAGCAGUGCCAGCGAUAAUUGAUAAAUCCUAUCAUUUCUUCGGGCUCUUGUGUUUCCAUCGUUCCAUCGUCUUCGGGCAAAGUUCCCGAAACAUUGUUGCAACGAUUAUUACACUGCAGAAUUUACUUGACACGGGAUACGAAACUGACGCUGUUAUCACGAGUAAAAGAUUUAAAUCACUGCCCUAGAAAGGUUUAACGAGAAGGACCGUUGUAAUUUGAACGGAUUUGAAAAAAAGAUGGCAGCACGAAUGUUUCAUCCUCGGUAGUUAUCGGCUAUUUUCGUGAAUCUUCGGUUGCCGUUCCUUUCUAUAAUAAACAUGUCUGUUUCUAUCACCAUCACCCUGUAUCACCCUGUAAUUGCUUGAGACAGGGUAGAUACACGCGACAAUUUGUGAAUUAUGAAGUGUACGCGUCUUUAAAGUGACUUUGCAUUGCUGUUCAGAUUUAAAUCGCAGCUUGUAAUCAUGAUUACUGCGAAUGCACUGGCAGCCAAUCCUUACAUCAAGAAGCACUAGCGUGAGAGAGGAAAAAUGGGAAUUUAGAUGCUCGUAGAGGAUUCACUGUGAUCUUAUUCAGGAGAAAAAUAUCAUCAUGGCUCGAAGCAGAAAGUAUGGCAAUGAUACAUUAGAUGUUCUUAGCAGGGGAUGUUUUGAGCCGUAUGAUGGAAUCGCCUGUGGGCGUGUAGGCAUCCUGGUUGUAAUCUCAGUACUGACAUUUCUCUUUGUAGUUUCCAAAAUAAUAAAAUACCAUGCAUACAAAUAUUCUCAGAUGCAUCAUUAUGCUAUCUUCUACAUAUCAGCUGUCCAGUGCAUUAUGUGUGCUGCCAGUUUCGUAUUUGGCAUAAGAUAUCCACAGUUGGAUUUUACAACAAAUUUUUUCAAAUUACUGCAGUUUAUUCUGAUUUGUCACCUAUAUUGGUCAGUAGCAGCGAGCUCACGGCACAGGGAUGAUAUAGUACAACAUGUUGUUAAUCCUGUGCUCUGUCUCUAUACAUUGUACUAUAUUACUGUAGUAUUAAUGGGAAUGGUGGAUAUCAGUGGAACAUGGACAGAAUGUCUCAGACCCUACUGGCUGAUGCUAUCUGGUGCAGAUUUUAUAGCAGUGCAAUUAUUCGCAGUGGUAGCUCUGUACCUAACUCAAAACAACAGCCACUCAGCCAUUUCAGCACUAAUGCUACCAAUAGCGUCCUCACAGACCCGCGACUUAUGGCUCAUCACAGCUGUAUACGAAAUUUCAGCAGUAGUAUCCAUAGUUUUUGAUGCAGUUAUGUCCUUUAUGGGCCGAGAGGAAACAGGCUGUAGCGGAAUUUACAAUCAUAUUCAGCUGUAUUUUAGUUCCCUGACGGUAAUAGUGGUAGUGCUAAAAUAUUUCCUACCCACGUGGACACUCCUCAGCAUCUUUCAACCAGUGUGUGUUAAAUCACGGGCAUCCGAGGUGGCUCUGACCUCUCAUUAUAAUACGGACGGUACAUGCUAUAAUCAGUACCGACGAAUGUUCUUCUCGCAAAACGGUGGUCUACCCGUACCAAUUCCCUAUCCGACCAUUCCGUAUCCUUCGGAAUCUCCAAUAUAUGGUGGGUUCGGCGAUUAUUCUUAUCCCGAUAGUUCGCCCGACGCGUCUCCGUCGAUAACUCAACGCAAAGGAGAUAUGGAUCAGGAGUCUUAUGGAGCAUUUGAAAAGCACUUUAUUAACAUUGAUCAAAAACGCGACACCUUGGAGAGUCAGUAUAGAAUGGAUCAGAAUCGACAGACUCUUGAGAGGAGUCUUAGAGUGGGCGAGGACAGGGAGGAAUUCGAGAAGAAGGCGCUCCAGAAAAACAGUAACCUGACCACCAUAAAUGAGGAAGUUUGUAACAACGUGGACAGUCCGCAAGAGUGAUACGUUGCUCAAAAUUGUUCUAAGUCAAAUUGUACCUAGUCGAAAGUGUGCCUAAUCAGCAAGUGAUUAUGAUUCUAAUUACUUUUGAAGUAUAUCGACUAGGUAUCGGUGGACACCAUUCGCUGGACACCACUGUAGAUGGAUUACUAUGGGGUUGUAGUAACCUAUUAUCGCAAAGUCUGAAGAAUCGUGCGAUACGUGCGAUUAUACUAUUCCGUCAUCGUUCUCGUGUAUCAUCUGAAACGAGAUUUAGUGGCACACAAACGGAAGAUACGAGUAUAAGAUGGCGGACAGCUCUUUUUAUAAAUACUCAAUAUAAUUUCGAAAUCGCGUAAGUAUUGGAAGAACGAUAACGGAUACCGUUAAGAUUCAUUAAAGCGGUGCCACGGAAUCUCAUUCCAUUAAUAGAUACAGAUUAACUACUAAAAUAUUUUUUAAUCAGCUGUGUAGCGUGUUUCAAACUACGCAUAAUUGUGAUAAGAAAGAUCUUAAGAUCGGGUCGUAUCGCCUGAUCGACCUGAAAAAGAAAAAGAAAAGGCGCGAUAUUAUUAGUGAAACUUUAUCUAUAGAUCUUUCUAUUAAUUUGAGCAGAUUGUAAAAAAAGAAGUAUACUGGCGAAUGGAGAGGGGGGGGGGGGGAGAUAAAGGUAUUCAAAAUAACAUAAAACAAAGAAGGUGACACAUAACUGGCAGGAAGUCGACAAAUAAUCACAUAACGAAGAACAAGAUCUUUUUCUUUUUUUUAAUGAAACUUAAGAUAUUCCGUGUGAGGGGAGGGGGGUCAUAGUCACAAUUUUUUUAUUACAAUCCUUUACUUGACCAUGCGUUAAAUUAUGCAAAGUAAUUUUUUCCCCCUCUCUAUUAGCCAAACUUUAUUUAGCCUAGAAAGUUUGACAAGAAUGAUGGCGAAUUUCGUAGAUUUAUUUGAGAUUUAGUAAAAUUUAGAAAAAUACUAAAAUAUUGACAUUGCUGAUAGCUACAAGACUGUAUUCGUGAAACGAACGUGACGCGAAGCCGUUGUGCUUCCAUCCUUUAAUCUGAUCUUUUAAGGAUGUUUCCAUAAGGUACAAGAAAUUUUGGUAAAAAGCACUUAUUGCUUUUUCUAAUCCACAGAGUGUUAAGCCGCGAAAACAUAAUUCGAAAGUAUUUAACCAUCUUUCCAUGUGCUGUGAUCAUGUAAAUCAAUGUAACGGGAUCAUCUAACCGAUUACUAACCAAUAGUACCAAAUCGAGAGACAUGCUUGUAACCAUUAGAGCGAUGCGUACAAUUGGAAAAGUAUCAAUACGGACGAUGAGAUCUAAUUGAAUGGUAAUCGAAAUAUGGGACGAGUUAGAUUACGCAUUAGCCUUAAAUAUCAAGCAAUAGGGCAAGAACUACAAUAGAUCUACAGAUAAUGUCAGAGUCCUGUAAACGAUGAAAUACCUUUCGAUUCUCAUAGAAUGACACAAAGCGCGCUGAACAUGUUUUUCUCAUAUUUAUUAAAUUCUAACAGCGUUUAAUCUUCGACUGUAAGCGAUGACUAUAGUACUUUAGCCGAAUUUGCAGUAGUCCCUUUUUUAUAAAAAUUACUCGACGCCCUGCCUACACGUAGAACAUAUUUUAUUUAAGGAAAAAGAAAAACAAGUUUCACAUUAUCCUGAUGAAAAAGUCUCUAGAAUCUCUUAGAAUCGACUGUUUUUCUCCAAAAGAUAUAAUAGGCGAUAAUGUCAUUGAAAUUGUUUCACGUGUAGCAGGUAGGGGUUCUCUACGCCGAUGCAAGGAAAGGAAAACGAUAGAACCAAUAUGUUAAAUAAAAUGCUGUGCCAAAAAUCCGAGAAACGAAUAUAACGAGUUAUCCCGCAUUGCGUUAUCUUUAGGCAAUAUAUCGAUAUGUAUUAUCAUCGUUUUAUCAAAAUUUGUGUAAUCUAGAGCGAUAAAAAAUUUCGACUUAUUUUUCGUAUCUGCGGGCUUCUCUCAUUCGUUGUUUUUUCUCUCGCUUUCACUACGAUCGCAAGAUAAGCGACCGAUUGCAUUCCAGUUCACGGUACGCUGAGAAAUGGACUUUUCUCUAUUCUUUAAUUAGUCAUUUAGUGGCAAUCGGACUUUCCAUAAACUUUUAAUUAAGAAUACGUCCACGACAUCAGAAUAGACCCAUAUAAACCAUCUAAUGCAGGGCAUAUUGGCUCAUAUAUGUCUUAGACACGAGGUGGUUACAUUAGGCUUAGGCUGCAUUACGUUUAUAUACCAUAUUCGCUUAGUUAUCGACUGCUGAAAAUAACUUUCUCUCGAAAAAUCAGAAUAAUUAUCUACAAAAACGAAGUAAAAGGGAUACGAUGAGCCGAACACGGUAAGGCCCACAUUAAUAUUGUUUUACGAGAAGACAGUCGUACAAUCGUUGGCAUUAGAUAUUGAUUAUUUAUUGGUAGAAGAAAGUAUAGUAGCUAAUUGAGAAAAGAAAAUGUAAACAGCAUACACGGACGUGUGUCCGUAUCAGUCUUUUUUUGUAUAUUUGAAUAGGCGCUAGAUCUUUACUAUCGUAAAGACGUUAAUUAAUCGAACCCCAUGAUUUACAUAAAUGGCGUAGUUAUUCAUAUACGUGAUUUGUAUAUAGGUAUCCAUACAUUUAAUAAAUUCACCAAGAUAAUAUCUAGUUAUUAUAUAAUACUCAUUCGAUGAAGCCCUGUCGUUAUUGUACUCUCUAUAUAUAUAUCAAUUGAGCAUUA